CAUAUAUCGCAAGGCAUAGUGGACUUUUGAACGCUCAACUAAAAUGACAAGCGCUCGAGAAGAAAUAGAUGAGCAUUCUCCUGAUAGCAAAGCUCAAGUGGAAGACAAUAAAACUUAUGACGAAGAAGAAGAGCCAGAAAUGACUUCUAGUGAAGAUACAAGCGAUGACGAUGAGGAAGACUCCGAUUUUGAAGAAUCGGAUGACGAGUCUUCCUUCGAUGAAAUGAGCGUUGGCGUGGCCUUGGAGCUACCUAAAAGAGAAACUCGCGGGAAGAAAUAUACACAACUACUUGGAGAAGAACUUGAAAAGGAUCAGCAGUUUUGGGGACAUAACACAUGGGAAGAAGAAGCAGUUGAUGAAGAUUACAACUGCAGUGAAGGGGAAGAGCAAUACGCAUACUCCACCGACUCUGACUUUGACGACCCUGAAACUGAUAAAUCAGAUGAGGAAGUGGAUGAAUCAUAUCUAAAAGAAAAGAAAACACGCAAACACGGUUCUUAUGUCGAUCCAGCAUUAAAAAGGCAACAAAUUGCCAAGCGGGAUAUAAGGCGACAGAAUGUCACCAAGUCCACACCCCCCGAGCGUAAAAUAAAAACUAAAGAAUUUGCAACACAAGGAAAUGAAGUUCUAACGGACCGCUCUGUAAGAGCGUCCACUAAAAUUAAGACUAAAGCCGCCAACGAAAUGGAACGGAAACGUGAUCUAAUAAAAACCGAAAUGUCAGCAGGAGCCGCCCAUAAACGCCAGGAAACUAAGAAAAAACACCUUACACAGGAACAAUUGAUGGAAAUGGCACUCAAGAACGAAGCAGCUAAUACACGCUCACUUGAAAAAAUGAAGGCAUGGGAAGAUGAGAAAAAGUACUACGAAGAAAUCAAAAAAUGGAAUUACAAGGGUAACUACGACAUAUGGGUAUGCUGGAACUCACUGCUCUCCAUCGUUGGAAAAGCUACAGAAGAAGGACAAGAAGCACCAACCAUACCGUCAAAACAUGACGUCGAGAAGCCAUUGGAGUUAUACAUGUUCACCAGUGGCAAAGUUCCAGAGUACUAUGAAGAAGCAGUGGCGUCAUUUAACGAUACAAAGGAGGCCCUAACGCAAAUAUGUGCCAUUACAGGCAAACCAGCACGUUAUCUAGAUCCAUUGACCAAGUGCUAUUACAGCGGGUCGGAUGCCUUCAACGCGCUCAGAAUGUGCCAUGCAGAUGGAAUUGACCGCCAUGUCGCAGCAGAACUUGAUAGAUUGGAAGAUAUGAUUGAAGAACUGUGUUAUAGUGAUUAAAAA